AUGACGGUCGCCAUUGGACAUUCCGCUGCGGGUGUGCUAUCGCUACUGGAAGAAGAAGACAAUGUGCUCAAGGCGCAUGCUCUGGAACAGCUGAAUCAGGUGGUAGAUCACCACUGGGCAGAGAUCGCAGACGCCAUCCCACUCAUUGAAGAGCUGUCUGAGGAAAAGAGCUUCCCAAACCGUGAACUAGCUGCCUACGUGGCGUCCAAGUGCUUUUUCCAUUUAGAGGAAUACGAAGAUGCGCUGCGUUUGGCGCUUGGGGCCGGCACCUACUUUGAUCUGAACAUGCGCUCGCAGUAUACGGACACGAUCAUUGCCACGUGCAUCGACAAUUAUGUGGCUGUGCGUGCUAAGGAAGACGUGGAGGCUGAGAAAGCACUGGACCCGCGACUCACGCAUGUGGUGGAGCGCAUGUUUGAGCGCUGUUACGCGGCGGGAGAGUUCCGUCAGGCUAUGGGCAUUGCUCUCGAAGCCCGACGACUUGACCAAGUCAAGGAGUGCCUCGCCCGCUCUACGGACGUGUCGGCCGCUCUCUCGUACUGCUUUGAGAUUUGCAAGACAGUUGUAAGCAACCGCCACUUUCGUCUCAAAGUAUUUGGAGUCAUGCUGGAAGUAUACCGCUCGCGACCGACACAGGACCACGUAAGUCUGUGUCAGGUAUUGCAGAUGUUGGACAAUCACGUGGAAGUCAGCAAGAUUCUUGAGCAGCUUGUGCGUGGUACUGAUCGCGACUGUCUCAUCGCUUUCCAAGUGGUCUUUGACCUCAACGAAAACGAAAACCAAAAGUUUCUCAUGAAUGUGUACCACUCGCUACCGACACCGUCUCCAACUGCCGAUUCGGCUGCCACAGACGGGACUACAGCAACUGAGGAGGGCAAGACAGAGUCGCUCUUAUCCGACACUGCUACUUCAACUGUGCUAGCCACGCCCCCUGCAGCACCUGCUGGUGCGCGUUCUGAUUACUGGGAUAAAUUGUCGAAACUGAAGCAGAUCUUGUGUGGCGAGUUCCUCGUCGACCUAAAACUUGACUUCCUUCACAGCCGAAGCGACUCUGACCCACUCGUAAUGAAGACUAUCAAGACGGCUGUGGAAAAUCGCAACUCGGUGCUGCACCAUGCUGCCGUGAUUGCGCACGCGUAUAUGAAUUGCGGUACAACGUCAGAUUCAUUUUUGCGCGAGAACCUCGAGUGGCUCGGAAAGGCCACCAACUGGGCCAAAUUCACAGCCACGGCUAGUCUGGGAGUAGUACACAAAGGCCACGUUCGUGAAAGCAUGAACCUUCUUGCUCCUUACCUUCCGCAAGGUGGUAUAACAACGUCUCCGUACUCGGAAGGUGGGGCUCUUUACGCGAUGGGUCUGAUCCACGCAAACAAGGGUUUUGCAAGUACUGGCAGUAAGAACACGAUGCAGUAUCUACGCAAUGCCCUGAAAAAUGCCGGUUCGGACGAGACCGUACAGCAUGGCGCCUGUUUGGGAAUCGGCCUGUGUGGAUUGGCCUCGCACGACUACGAGCUGUAUGAAGAGUUAAAAGCUGUGCUGUUCACUGACUCGGCGGUCGCGGGUGAAGGCGCAGGGAUCGCCAUCGGUCUUACGUUGCUUGGUGCGGGUGGUGAAGCACGGAACGGUGAGAUUGUAAAGGACCUGCUGGCUUAUGCGCAUGAUACGAAGCACGAGAAAAUCAUCCGUGGUUGCGUGAUGGGCAUUGCGCUGAUAAUGUACGAACGCGAAGAGCAAGCUGAUGCACUGAUUGAGCAACUGACCCGCGACAAGGACCCACUGAUUCGCUAUGGUGCUAUGUACACUAUAGCAAUGGCAUACGCCGGCACAGCAAACAACAACGCGAUUCGCCGCCUCCUGCACGUAGCUGUGAGCGAUGUUUCGGAUGACGUACGUCGUGCUGCGGUGACGUGUCUGGGCUUCAUCCUGUUCCGUACACCUGUGCAGGUGCCUAAGCUGGUGUCGCUGCUGGCUGAGAGUUUCAAUCCCCACGUUCGUUACGGUGCUUGUGUAGCAGUCGGGAUCGCGUGCGCAGGCACUGCUAAGAACGAAGCUAUUCAGUUACUAGAGCCGCUGCUUGAUGACGCUGUCGAUUACGUACGCCAAGGCGCACUGUUGGCAUUGGCCAUGGUAAUCAUGCAGGAGUCUGAAGGUCGUAAUCCGAAGGUGGCAUUGAUCCGUGCGAAAAUCCUGAAGCUGAUCACGGAUAAACAUGUGACCACGAUGACUAAGAUGGGUGCCAUCCUGGCACAGGGUAUCCUCGACGCAGGCGGUCGCAAUGUCGUCAUUUCGUUGCAGUCGCACACCGGGUUUACCAAGAUGGCGGCGGUGGUCGGACUGGCAAUUUGGGCACAGCACUGGUUCUGGUACCCUCUUUUUAACUUCCUGGAGUUGUCGUUCCAGACGACGAUGGCAGUUGGUCUUAACAAGGAUUUGAACCUUCCUCGUGGAUUUGAGCUCAUUUGUAAUGCUAAGGAGUCAGCUUUCGCCACGCCCAAGCGCCUGGAGGAGAAGAAGGAGGAAAAGAAGGAGCUCGUCGCUACGGCCGUUUUGUCCACAACUGCCAAGGCGCGUGCACGCCAGGCUAAGCAGGAUGCAAAGGAAAAGCCCGACAAAGCUUCUGAUGCCAGUGGAGAUAUUGUCAUGGAAGAGAAGGAAACGUCUGCAGACGACGAAGAGAAGAAGGAGGAAAGCGGUGAUGCUAUGGACGUGGAUGCUGCGAGACCCAAGCCAGUUGGUGGUCAUAAAGCACCGGUAGCCAAAGAACCGACUAGGUUCACAUUUACGACGCCUGCUCGAGUAACAUUGGCACAGGAGUCUGUAAUUACUCUGGACAAAUCGCAGAGGUACGUUCCGGUAAUGUACCCUACACAGAGGCUGACGGGAGUCAUCAUGCUGCAUGACACGAUGCCCGACGAGGCUGAAGAUGUGGAGGCCGUAAAGGCACCCGCUGCUGCAGGCGCAGAGAAUGAAGCAGAGCCACCGGAGCCGUUUGAGUGGGAGCCCCCUCAGUAG